AUGAAUCAUUACUCUGGGUGGGUUUAGACAAUAGUACAAUUUUAAUUUUUGAUUUUAAAGAUAAGAGUCAUAUAAAAUUCAAGAUAUCAAUAGCUACAACUUAAUUUGUUUAUAAAUUUGUAUUUUCUAGCAAUGAAUCAAUUUUAUUUGUUGCUGGAUUCUAUUAGCUGUAAAUUUACGAUGUAUCAAACGUGCUUUAACCUAAUUUGUUAUAAUCUUUACCACAGCAAAUAAUUAAUCAAUAAGCAUUUUUCUCUGUUCAAUUAGCGAAGAAUGAAACGUUUUUAUUUGCUGCUAAUGAUGAAAAGGGAGUCUCGAUUUAUAAAAUUAACUAAAAAAUAAGCUAAUCGAACAAAAAUAAUUAUCCAUCAUUAGAAUAUUUGUGCUCUGCCUAAUUUAGCUGGUCAAGCGCUUACGAUGUAAUAAUAUUUUAAGAUAAGUAUAUGUAUGUCUUACAAGAGUUGA